AUGAACUCUCUGCGCGAAUCGGCCAAGAAGGGCUUGAGGAUCGGUAUGAUCUCCGGUGAUGGUAUCGGACGAGUCGUUUUGCCCGUGAGUGGUCUCGAACCAAAAAAAUAAAAUACAGUGUGCAUCAGAAUGAUUGAUCUGGAUUAUUCCUUAGGCGGCUCAACGAGUGCUCCAAGCCACACCCGGUAUCCCCACCCCGACCUUUGUCCAACUCGACGCCGGCUUCGAACACUUUCAAAAAACCGGCGUCGCCCUCCCUCCCCAAACGGUCCAAAUCCUCAAGAACGAAUGCACCGCCGCCAUGUUCGGCGCCGUGUCUUCUCCCUCCCAUAAAGUCGCCGGUUACUCGUCCCCUAUCGUUGCGCUCCGCAAAGAGAUGGAUCUUUACGCCAACGUUCGACCUGUCAAAUCUGUCGAGGGAACCUCGGGUCGUACGGUCGAUAUGACGAUCGUGCGUGAGAAUACCGAAUGUUUGUACAUCAAGCAAGAGACGAUCGAGGAUACGCCGCAAGGGAAAGUCGCGCGUGCGAUGCGACAAAUUUCCGAACGUGCUUCCACGAGGAUCGGUCGAAUGGCUUUCGAAAUCGCUCUCGCCGCUGCCGAGGUAAAGAAACAACGUGGGACGACGUAUGGGUUCCAAGGCGAACCGGAAGUGACUAUUGUGCACAAGUCGAACGUGUUGUCGAUUACGGAUGGGCUUUUCAGGGAGAGUGUCAGGGCCGUGGCGAAGGAUUAUCCGGGCGUUUCGGUCAAUGAGCAGAUUGUUGAUUCGCUCGUUUACCGGUGAGUGCAUGGAGGGUCUUGGUGUCGUGAAGGGAAAGUUAGGUAGCUAACGGUACGUUCUGUUUGUGGCGCAGUCUCUUCCGAGAACCCGAAAAACUCUCCGUCUUGUGCUGCCCCAAUCUCUACGGCGACAUCGUCUCGUGAGUACAAGGCUCACCCCAAACCAUAAUACAUUCCGAAUCAAACUAUAAGCAUUGACACGCACCCUCCUCUCCACCAUAGCGACGGCGCCGCCGCGCUCGUCGGCUCGCUCGGCCUCGUCCCCUCCGUCAACGUCGGCGACUCCUUCAUCAUGGGUGAACCCGUGCACGGUUCCGCGCCCGACAUCGCGGACCGAGUCCCCUCGAUCGCGAACCCGAUCGCCUCGAUUCGUUCAGCCGCUUUGAUGCUCGAGUUCAUGGGUUACGUCGAACCGGCUGCGAGGAUUUAUGAUGCUGUGGAUGAGGCGAUCAGGAAGGGGGCGACGACGCCGGAUUUGGGUGGGGAUAUGACGACCGAUCAGGUGACGGAGAAAAUCUUGGAGAGCUUGUAA